CAGAACUGCAACAAACUUUGGACGGCCGCAACUACGAAAUCCAAUUUCUUUCAAGUUUGGUCCGACUCAAAUCGGGUCACCCAGGUACUCGCUCACCUUACCUACUUACCUUCCUACCCUAACCUUACCUUGCCUUCUUACCUAUCUAAGUACCCCGCGAUACUUUCUCUCUACACCUUCACCACUUGCCUCGCGCCAAAACUCACCAAGCCUCCUCUCCUCCGUCCGUUGACUCGAGCAUUUCCUCCAAAAUGUUGUCCAUUAUCGAGACCAUACCCAUCGAUCACGUGCCCGCAGACCACGCCGUUCAUAUUGCCGUCUUCAAGGACGUUCAGAACGCCGCCUUUCUUCACCAGCAGCUCCUCGACCGCAACGCAGACUUCGAAUAUGCCCUGAUUGAUGCCUCCAUCGCUGUCUCUAGAACCCACAUUCUUGCUGCCGCCUUCAAGGCCGUGACCGCAAAGGUUGACGGUAGCCUCAAGACCCCAAACGUCCACUCCGAGCUCGUUGCGUCCCUGAGCUCUGCCAACAACAUUGCCGAGGCCUACCGCCGAUUCGGCAUCAGCCCCUCUAGCAGAGACGUCAUUGCAAUCAAGAUCAGCUCUCCUACCGCCGUGCCCUCCGCCGAAGAAGUAGAGCAGCACCUCAAGGAGAAUUUUCAGGGUACCCCGGUUCCCUUCACGGAUGAAUCCAUCGCAACCUCGACAGACUGGGCCAAGGUCCGCAAAUACUACAAGCUAAACGGUCUUGCCUGGCUCGACGCCAUCAAGGACGAGACGGAACGCAGGGAACAGCUGGAAACACUUGUUCUGGGAGCUAUGGCACUGCGCACCGCAUAGUAUGCAGGACCCGUCUGGCGUAUGCCUCGGCGAUCAUAGGACGCGCCCCUAUACGAGAUUGGUGUGAUGACCCAACUCCACGCAACCCAAGCAAGUUUCAAAAUUACAACAAACCUCCAGCCCGUCUCCUCUUUAUACAGAUACCCCAAAGGCACAUUUGGCUCUCCUCACCAACUCGCUCCACAUGGCAUCACGCCCACUCCGCGUGCGUUGCACCGCGUCACGGUUUUCGUGCGCUCUUCUCAACAGAUACUUCAUGCAUUCGCCGGUUGACCCCCAUACGAGAUACUUGUACGCUUCGAUGGCUCGAGCCUUGCUCUGCUUUUCCUGCGCGUCUCUCAACUUGUUGGCCGAGACUAGCUCGCAGCUGAUUUCGUCAGCCAUCCCUUGGAGCUGCGCGAAGGCGAUGUCUAUCUUGGCCUCGCCGGCCUCGCAAAUGUCCCGUGCACGCCUGACAGACUCGGCGUUGUGCGACGCCAGGACCAGGCUGACGGCGGGCAUCUCAAAGCCUCCGUGCAGGACGUCGCCCCACUGCUUCCUUAGCAGGCUUUCAGCAAUACCAUCGUAGCAGGCGUCUGUGCCGGCCUUGGUAUCGUGGAUGAGGUGUCUGGGAUCAGAACCGAUGUAUGCGCCGCGCACCAGCUUCACACCUAGCGUAAAGCUUUCAAUUUGUGCCGUCUGGAGGUGUCGCCGGAGGGUCUGCGGAGUCGAUUUGAGGUAGGCCUGGUAUGUGCCGUAAAUGACGGCUUGCCCGGGAACGGUGUUGUAUAUGCGCAUGUAGUCCAGGGUCCAGUCGUCGAUACCAGGUUGGAGGGCCGCCUGUUCGGCAUCGAACAGCAAGCGGACGCCGCGCUGAGCAGCAAGGGAGCAGAUGGAGUCGAUAGCGUCGGCCAUGGUGGCGGAUGGGGGUAGACGUUCUGCAAGAGAAUAUAAUGCUUGACGGCCAGCACCUGUGAACCUGUAAAAGUCACGAUUAGCAGCCGCAUCCUUC